AUAUAUAUAUAUAUAUAUAUAGGGCGUUGGUAAUGGAAGCCCUGGGCUUCAUAUAGGUGCGCGGAGCCCCAGCCAGACGAGCCGAAAGUGGUCGAACCGAAUGGAUCGAUCCAGGCGGCCCGUUUUAAUGCACUACAGUUAUGCAAGUAUAAUAGCUUGUACAAAUAUGCGUAAACCAACGUGGGCCACGUGUUCGUACGUGGAUCGGUGACGUGUAACCCGUAAAAGGGGGAAGCGCAUUUAAACAGACAGUUACGACACCGUAAAGAUAUGUAUAAAAUUGCAUAGAUGACUGUUACUCCCCCGAUCAGAGCGCCCACGAUCAGCGUGGCCACGAUCCUAAAAUUCAGCGGGUAAUGGAUAUGCGCCGUGAAAUAUGCGUCCACGAUAUUGGAUAUACGCUUGGUACAGGGAAAAAAAUCAUAAUCUUCCAGAAAAGUGGAGAGUACGCAUCAUUUGAUAGUCCGCUGCUAGGUGAAGGGCGUAUUUGCUCUGGAAGAUGGCGGCGCCGUGGGGAAACAAGACCAUAAGUGAGUAUGCGACGCCGACGUCUGUUCAUCGACAAAAUCAAUGCUUGGAUAUCGUAACAAUGGUGCAGGAAGAAGAACAAGGAGGGUACCAGUUAGCGUCAGAUGGAAUUACGCAUACAGAAUCAGCUACUGCUGUAGACGCAAUUACUCCACCAGCAGCUCUGAGGGCCCCAGGGGUUGAUGAACAGACCAUAAUUGAGGCAUCAAGGAUGACAGUAAAUCAAGGAGGACAGCACCUUAAUACUAUGCGUACUAUUGGUGAUCAUGAACAGGACACACCAGUGAUUCUGCAGAGACAUGAAGUUACAAUUGAUCCGAGAUUAGUACCUAAAGUUGGUAUGACAUUCAGUGGGGUGGAUGAAGCAUAUAAAUUUUAUAGUAGGUAUGCAUAUGAAGUUGGAUUUCCAUUGAAAAAGUAUAGGGAACGGAAAAAUUGUAAGUGGUUGAAUUGCUCGAUGGAAGGCAAAAGAUCAGUAAGGGGAAUAUCAAACCCAAAGGUACGUAGUACCAGUUCGAAACGGACACAAUGCAAGGCCGGUAUGAAACUUAAAAAAAUUUAUGAUGAUGCAAAAGAGACAGUUAUAUCAGUGCGUAUUGAUCUGUUGCACUUGGAUCAUAAUCAUGAAUUUUUUAAAAAGGAUACCGAAAAGAAUCAAUUACAAUGCAACAAGACGCAUGAUCCUGAAUACAUGGAGUUCAUAAGUUCAAUGCAAGAGAGUCGAAUCCCGCAACAUUGUAUUAUGGAUUAUGUAUCAGAAAUGCACGGUGGUCCUGAGAGUGUGCCUGUAACAGCACAGGACAUGUAUAAUCUGUAA